GUGGUUCAUUGGCACGAGCAGUUGUAAUAUCUACUCAUACUGUCCAUUCUGAAGCUGAAUGUUCCCUGAGAUGUCUCAAAGAAGAAAAGUGUGUUGGUUUUAACUACAGAUCAAAGUCAAACAAUAAAUAUGUACGAAAUUGCCAAAUCAGCAAUAAGACUCAAAGUCAAGCGUCAGACACUACAGGCGGAAGCGAAGAAUGGACAUUCUAUCAGUAUCUGAAAAUAGUAAGUGUAUAUAUAACAUUCUUUGUGUGGAAACCACUAAAACUAUAUAUAAUUAUUAGGAAGACCAAGAUCACGUGUAUUCAGGCAUGCAUAUGAUUAUUUAAAAUUAGUUAUAGACGGCCACGAGUGCCAAAUACUGAUCCGACUUGAAAAAUUAUCACAUUCACGAAUAAUUAUUUUUAGUAUUUUUGCACAAGUGAACAUAACAAAUCCUACAAGUUGAUUGGUCAAAUAUGACGUAUUUUAAUACGUCAUAUUUGACCAAUCAACUUGUAGGAUUUGUUGUUCACUUGUGCAAAAAUACUAAAAAUAAUUAUUCGUGAAUGUGAUAAUUUUCCAAGUCGGAUCAGAAAAGCUGUUAUAUUCACCUACAGGUGAAUAUAACAAAACCGAAAUUUUCAAAAAUGGCGGCUAGCAGUUUUGUGAACGCUAUACUGAUAAAGAAAUAAAUCCAGUCCCAAAAAACACAAAAAUACUAAAACAAUUAUUCGUCUCAGUGAGCUCGGUGAUUAUCGGGGAAUAUUCACCUUGACUUCGUCUCGGCGAAUGUUCCCCGAUAAUCACCUCGCCUUCGGCUUCGGCGAAUAAUUGUUAAAUAUUAUAUGAGUAUUGAAUUUAUACCGCAAGCCAAUAAAGUAGUGAAAUAAAAACCAUAUACAGUAUGGGCUGCCUAAAAUUUCUUAGGAUCUCAUUGAACAUACGACAUUCGCCACUAGUGAAGAACGCUGUAUUGCAGGGCAUUUUUUAACUAUAUAACUGGGGGGGCCAAAGCCCCCCCAGCCCCCAUGGUGGCCCCCCCACUCAACCAUUUUGGCCCCCCCAGUCAAAGUCCCUUUUCUCUAAAAUAUAAGCAAAACAUGGAAUUUAGAAGGGAGGUUUGAUAUUCUAGUAACUGAAAUUUGCUGUGUGAAUCUUAUGUCCUGUCUUUUAUGUUUAAUAAAUACCUUAUUAGAUUUUAAACAUUUCCCAGGCAGUGGAUUGCAUUCCCCAGACCCUAUAGAUUUGAGUUGUUGGACAAGUUAGUGACCACAGGGGGCAACAGGCCCUCAACCAAGUGUUUUAUAAAGGGGGGGGGGGAUAAUUUUGGCCCCCACCAAAAAAAAACAAUUUGAUUUCGAAACUAGAAGUAUUUGAAAUCAUUAUACAUAUAAUCAAAUAUCUGUAAUCGAUAUUUUGAUAACAUUUCUCGUAAUAAUCCAUCCUGACUCGCGGAUAGCAUAGACUCACAAAUCAUAAUGAACGAAUUAAUGAAAGGGCCUAACAAAAGACGUAUAGAAGACUUUGAAAAUGCCAUUUCCGACGAUUUAGAGACGCAAAAUUUUCAAAAUUUUUCCGCUCUGUGCCAACCAUGGUGGCGCUUCGAGGGAGUCGGGAACUCUAAGUUUAUGAAGCUGGCUCCCUAAGUGACACCAAGUUGUCGUAUCUACAUAAACAUACUAUGCAAGUACUUAACUGAAGGUUCAGUCUAUCUACAGCAUAAUGUAAUGCUGUAUAUCCAAAAAUCUGUUUCAGAAAAUGCAGGGAAUUGCAGUCAUAAGGGUAAAAAAAUACAAAAAUUUUCUGGGGAAGAAAACCCCAGACUCUCUCCAGGGCCGUAGCAACCGCGGGGGGGGGAGGCUGGGGGGCUGCAGCCCCCCAAUAAAUUGCUAAUAAUCAUUCAUUUUUCAAAAUCAUGCAGCCCUUCAUCAUUUAAUCCAUGACAAACUGCAAAGAAAGAAGAUAUUACCCAACUUUCCUGCAACUUAUCCAAUAUAUCGUUAUUAAAUACACCUUCUCCCAUUUAGUACUACUGAAUUCUAAAUUUCGACAUACUAAAACGCUGUUUUCUGACAAUCAGAAAUCUGUCAAAUCUUCCCCAAAGUCCAGGAAAUGGCAUUUCAGAGACUCUAAGUUUAAAAAUUUCCUCGGGCCUUCGGCCCUCGCUUUCAGCCCCCCCCCCGAAACGAAAAGAGCUUCCUACGGCUCUGUUCUCCCCCCCCCCCUACUAUUAAAUGCGAUAUCACACCAAACUUUGUGUUACCAACAAACCAUCUAUCAUUUCUCCACACUCGGUAUAGUAUGGUCCCUUUUUGUAGAUGCCCCACUGACAAUUCUAAAAUGCUGCUACAAUAACCUUCAAGCAUUGUCUAUUUAAAUUUGUAAAUGUGUAAAUGAAUUGGGAGGUUGCCUCGCAUGAGUUCUUAAGUCCCAUUCGCUACUUGCUUUGUUUCCUAAUAGAGCUGUUCAAUAAAUAAAUAAUAAAUUUUAACCAUCUCGAUAGGCUGCCUUCGUUGAUACGGAAACUUCCAAACGGCGCGACUCUUUAUCAAGACAUCGAUGAUGUGGCGACACCGCAUGAAGCUCAGACGCCAAAACGAAUUGCAUUCAAGCGAGUUGCCAUUCCAGCUUCACUAAAGGACAAAGAAUACCUCAGGGGAAAAGGCAUUUGCUGUUCGGAAUAUUUUCUUUCCAAAGAUAGAAAGCAGAAUGAUGCCAAAAUUUCUGAAAUUUUGCCAGACGUGUAUUUUCCGUUAUGUUGCGAGAAAGGGGAAGCGAGAACAUGCGAAGAUCAUCAUGAUUUUCGUGAGUGUUUGGCCAGGAAACCGACAGCACCAGAAAAAGUGAAGACGUUUCAAAGUCUAGCUCAUAAAAAGUAAGUUGGAUAGGUAAGGUUGAUUUUUGGUGAUGAUGAUGAUGAUGGUGAUGAUGAUGGUGGUGAAAUAAUGAUUGUGAUGGUGGUGAUGAUGAUAAUGAUGAUGAUGGUGGUGAUGAUGAGGGUGAUAAGUGGUGAUGGUAGUGAUGAUGGUGAUGAUGGUGAUGAUGAUGAUGGUAAAAUAUUGAUUGUGAUGGUGGUGAUAAUGAUAAUGGUGAUGUGGUGAUGAUGAUGAUGGUGGUGAUGAUGAGGGUGAUAAUGGUGAUGGUAGUGAUGAUGGUGAUGAUGGUGAUGAUGGUAAAAUAUUGAUUGAGAUGGUGGUUAUAAUGAUAAUGGUGAUGUGGUGAUGAUGAUGGUGGUGGUGAUGAUGAGGGUGAUAAUGGUGAUGGUAGUGAUGAUGGUGGGAUGAUGAUGAUGGUGAUGAUGGUGAUAAUGGUGGUGAUCGUGAUGAUGGUGGCGAUAAUAAUAGUGGUGUGAUGGUGGUGAUGAUGAUGGUGGUACAGUGGUGAUGAUUUUGGUGAUGAUGAUGCUACUGCUGACGAUAAUGAUGAGAUGUUGAUGAUGACGAUGAUGAUGGUGGUGAUGAUGAUGAUGAUGAUGGUGGUGGUGAUGAUGAGGGUGAUAAUGGUGAUGGUAGUGAUGAUGGUGGGAUGAUGAUGAUGGUGAUGAUGGUGAUAAUGGUGGUGAUCGUGAUGAUGGUGGCGAUAAUAAUAGUGGUGUGAUGGUGGUGAUGAUGAUGGUGGUACAGUGGUGAUGAUUUUGGUGAUGAUGAUGCUACUGCUGACGAUAAUGAUGAGAUGUUGAUGAUGACGAUGAUGAUGGUGGUGAUGAUGAUGAUGAUGAUGGUGGUGGUGAUGAUGAGGGUGAUAAUGGUGAUGGUAGUGAUGAUGGUGGGAUGAUGAUGAUGGUGAUGAUGGUGAUAAUGGUGGUGAUCGUGAUGAUGGUGGCGAUAAUAAUAGUGGUGUGAUGGUGGUGAUGAUGAUGGUGGUACAGUGGUGAUGAUUUUGGUGAUGAUGAUGCUACUGCUGACGAUAAUGAUGAGAUGUUGAUGAUGACGAUGAUGAUGGUGGUGAUGAUGAUGAUGAUGAUGGUGGUGGUGAUGAUGAGGGUGAUAAUGGUGAUGGUAGUGAUGAUGGUGGGAUGAUGAUGAUGGUGAUGAUGGUGAUAAUGGUGGUGAUCGUGAUGAAGGUGGCGAUAAUAAUAGUGGUGUGAUGGUGGUGAUGAUGAUGGUGGUACAGUGGUGAGGAUUGUGGUGAUGAUGAUGCUGCUGCUGACGAUAAUGAUGAGAUGUUGAUGAUGACGAUGAUGGUGGUGAUGAUGAUGAUGAUGAUGGUGGUGGUGAUCAUGAUGGUGAUGGAAAUGAUGAUGGUGAUGAUGAUUAUGGUAGGGAUGACUAUGAUGAUAGUGGUGGUGAUGAUGGUGACAAUGAUGGUAAUGAUGAUGAUGGUGGUGAUAAUAAUUGCGGUGGUAAUGAUGAUGAUGAUUGAUGAUGGUGGUGGUGGUGAUGAUGAUGGUAAUGAAGAUAGUGGUGGUGAUGAUAAUGAUGAUAGUGGUGAUGAUAAUGGUGGUGGUAAUGACGAUGGUGAUGAUGAUGGUGGGGAUAAGUAGCGUAGCCAGCCCGACGAUUUAAUCCCGCUAUGUAAAUAUUUUCGUUUUCAUUGACUGUAAAAACAAUCAAUUUCUAAAGAAAUAAAUAAUGAUAAUAAUUUUGAAUUUUCAUAGCAGGACUAAAUUGUCGGGCUGACUGCGGCACUAAUGGGGAUGACCAUGAUGAUAAUAGAGGUGGUGGUGAUGAUAUAUGGUAAUGAUGCUGAUGAUGCUGAUGAUGAUGUACGUUGGUGAUGAUAAUCGUAUCAGGGGUGGUGAUGUCUCAUCUUUCCUAAACAAUUGUAUUCUCCUUUCUCAGAUACCACGAGGAUUUCCCAGAACUUAUCCCAGAUUUACGAGAAUCUCACAAAAAUUCGAAGAAGUACUUUUUCCAUGGCUAUCACACUUCGGUAUUCCGUGGCUAGGACGAAAAACAAAUAUAUUCAUCGCAACGCCGAAGAGCUGUAGGAGCACUGCAGAACCAAAUUGACCGCGCUUAUUUUAUGAAUGAUUGUAUUUUAGCAAAAACACUGUUGUGAGCUCACUUGUCGAUGUAACAACUAAACGAAGUCGCAGAAAAUUGUAUUAUUCAAACAAGAACACUAAACUAAAUAGCUCUGUCAGUUUUAAACCGCCCUUCCUAGAGGUUAAAUAAGGGUCUUCCCGAAUUAUCGCAACAAGAGUAAAUCAGAAC